UCAGCUGUAUAUAAACACCACUCCUCUUCAGCUGCCUUUACUCUCCAGCUCUGCGUCUCGUCUCUGCUACUUCGAAAACCAAAGGUCUCUCCAAAGAGAGAGAGAAAGAGCCCAGGCCAACUCCGGAGUUAGGCUUGGUUUGUUUCUGUCUUUCUUUUUCACUUCGAUCCUUCAAUUUCUAAGGUUCGUGCAGGUUUUUAAAAAAUGGCCGAUGCAGAGGAUAUUCAGCCCCUCGUCUGUGACAAUGGAACCGGAAUGGUGAAGGCUGGGUUUGCUGGCGAUGAUGCCCCAAGGGCAGUGUUUCCCAGUAUCGUUGGAAGACCACGACAUACUGGUGUUAUGGUUGGGAUGGGGCAGAAGGAUGCCUAUGUAGGGGAUGAAGCACAAUCUAAAAGAGGUAUUCUGACAUUGAAAUACCCAAUUGAGCAUGGUAUUGUCAGCAACUGGGAUGAUAUGGAAAAGAUCUGGCAUCACACUUUUUACAAUGAGCUUCGUGUUGCCCCUGAGGAGCAUCCCGUGCUUCUCACUGAGGCUCCUCUCAAUCCUAAGGCCAACAGAGAGAAAAUGACUCAAAUCAUGUUUGAGACCUUUAAUGUGCCUGCAAUGUAUGUUGCCAUCCAGGCUGUCCUCUCCUUAUAUGCCAGUGGUCGUACAACUGGUAUCGUGCUGGAUUCUGGUGAUGGUGUGAGUCACACUGUCCCAAUUUAUGAAGGGUAUGCUCUUCCACACGCCAUCCUCCGUCUGGACCUUGCUGGCCGUGAUCUCACUGAUGCUUUGAUGAAGAUUCUUACUGAGAGAGGGUAUAUGUUCACUACCACUGCUGAACGGGAAAUUGUCCGUGACAUGAAGGAGAAGCUUGCAUAUGUUGCCCUUGACUAUGAGCAGGAACUUGAAACUGCCAAGAGCAGCUCCUCUGUUGAGAAGAACUAUGAGCUUCCUGAUGGUCAGGUCAUAACCAUUGGAGCUGAAAGAUUCCGUUGCCCAGAAGUUCUAUUCCAGCCAUCUCUCAUUGGAAUGGAAGCUGCAGGCAUCCAUGAGACUACCUACAACUCUAUCAUGAAGUGUGAUGUAGAUAUCAGGAAGGACCUUUAUGGUAACAUUGUGCUCAGUGGUGGUUCCACUAUGUUCCCUGGUAUUGCAGACCGUAUGAGCAAGGAAAUCACUGCUCUUGCCCCAAGCAGUAUGAAGAUCAAGGUGGUAGCACCACCGGAGAGAAAGUACAGUGUCUGGAUCGGAGGAUCUAUCCUUGCAUCUCUCAGCACCUUCCAGCAGAUGUGGAUUUCCAAGGGUGAGUAUGAUGAGUCUGGUCCAUCCAUCGUCCACAGGAAGUGCUUCUAAGUUCUAAAGAAUGCUUGAUGGCGAGUUGCUUUUUGCAUUUAGUUGGCUUUUUUCGUGUCAAGGUGUCUUGAACUCCAGUAUGAUUGAUGUGGAGAAGUAUUGAGAUUGGUCGUAGGAGGGUAAAGCUGUGAUGUAUCAAAAUAGCUUUCCAUCCAAUGCUGCAAGCCUUUUUUAAAAUGUGAUGUCCCUCUGACAAUGCUUUGGCAGACACUUUGGUACUCAAGUCAUUACUUUCCUCGCAAUCAUUUUGUGGUUAAACUAUGUCUUUGUUUUCAUGUAGGAUGCUUGUAUCAUGAGAGUGAUUGUGAUGCUUUUUUCUUUUUUAAAAUUUUUUUAUAUACAACUAUUAUUACUAUUAUUUUUA